CACAACACCACACGCUCAACCUGCUGCUCAAGCCUACUAGUACUACGGCCCUCACAUUGCUGAUACUCUCUCUGAAUACUGCCACUCUGCCUCUCAUGAUUGCUGUACGUCAUCUGCUGGUCGAUGUCCUUGAUUGACUCAAUUUGACACGCCCGACGUGGAGCUAGCCUCACAUCAUGUUUGGAAUAGACGACUCGUUACGAAAGUUAAAGAAGGGCUUCAUCACUCUGGUCCCUUGACCUUUAAACUACAAUGACUGUGCCAAGCUACAGCGAGGCUAUGGAGUCGCAAAUCAAGCGUCAUCCAAAGCUACAUCGCAAAGCCAAGCGAGCAGUCAAGCAGUUCGUUCAUUCCUUUCGCUUCAAAGACCGCUUGCAUCUUCACAGAAAGCGCGAUGAUAGGCCUUUACUAUCCACAGAAACUCGGCAAGGCAUCACGACGAUUCCCCUUCCUGCUGCGCCCAGUAUCACAACACCAUUCGAUGGAAGCCACUGGCCAUCGUACCCAGUCGAUCAAGCAAAACGGCAGAAACUCGCCAACCUGAUAUCUGAAAAGCUAGACGAGGCUGAAGCACGCGGUGAGUCUGGCGAGGAGGUGGAAAAGACACUGCGAGAGGAAGUUUUCACAAAGGUGCUCAAGUCUUCCACGCUACAUCUCACGAGACGUGUGCUGGGGGACGAAUCUGAAAAUUAUGUUCAGUCGAUUGGCGAUACUAUUCUUGGGCUCCAAGCAAGAAUUGACGUCCAGAUGAAGCUGUUUCUCGACAAGGCCAGAAAAAUCAUGCCAAGUAUGACUGACAAGGAUCUUAAACGAGCGGCUACCAAUGUGUGGCCUUGUCUGUGCUUCCAAUUACUGUGUGACAUGGAGCCAGACCUGACAGACCCCAUUGUUGGCAUGUCCAUGCUGUAUCCGCUCACUGAUGAUCUCGUUGAUGAUCCCAAGCUCUCCAAAGAACAGAAAGCUUCUUUCUUGCGUCGAUUUGGCGACCUCGUAGCGACCGGCAAGGGUAUGCACGAUGGCUCACAAAAGGAACGCGACAUCUGGAACAUCUUUAGGAUGAUCGAAAAGAACACCUCACGUCUGCGAUUUCCCUUGACGUACCGCAGCCUCAACGACUUGCUCACGGCUCAAGCAGACAGUCGCGUUCAAUUUGGCGGCAAUAAGUUUGGCUUGCCUAUUCCAAGCUUUGUCGCCGUGUGGGAAGUCACAGUCCGCAAAGGUGCCCUCAGCAUUCUAUCUGAUGCGUAUAUUGUUAAGGGUCGUUUGACUGAUGAGGAGGCAUCAUUUGCAGCACAUUUCGGUGCUCUGACGCAAUACCUCAAUGAUGGCAGAGGUUUGAAGAGUGAUUUGGAAGAAGGUCAAUACACGCCCUUCAAUAUGGCUAUGACUUGGGGUCCGGACUGCAUGGAUACGGUCAUGGGCUAUGCUUUGACUCACUUUUUUGAGACCUUCAGUCAUGAGGAGCAUCUUUCAAUCUGUCGCCAGAAUCCCAAAAAACUCGCCUUCAUGGCGACCAUGUUUUCAUUCUUGAGCUUCAAGCUGUUUGAGGCUGUGGCCAUAAAUCAGGAAGCCUUCACCCGUGCGUUCCUGGACAAGAUUGAGGAAAUAUCGCCACUGCCACUUGAUCUCAUGCAGCGACUUUGGAGCAUGCAAUACAAGGAGAAUUCGAAUGCAGAGAUCUUGCCUGGCAUGCACAGCGAGUAGCCCUAACUUUGUACCACUACAUAGCAAUGCUUAAAA